AUGGAGUCUUCGCAGCGCAUAAUUGCGCUGGAGGAUGGGGAGUUGGAGCGCCGGCUGAACGCCACAGAGCUGACGUUGCUGGGCAUCGGCGCCUGCAUCGGUGCCGGGAUCUUCGUGCUCACAGGUGCUGAAGCUCGCAUCGCUGGGCCCUCUGUCGCGGUGUCCUUCCUACUGGCAGGGCUCAGUAGCAUCUUCAACGGGCUGUGCUUUGCUGAGCUGGCCACGAGAUUACCCGUCUCCGGGUCCUCUUACCUCUAUGUGUAUUGCAUGUUUGGCGAGUUGCCUGCGUUGAUGAUGGUGGUGAACCAGCUUGUGGACUACCACAUCGGAGCGGCCACCUUGUCACGCAGUUUGGUCGCCUAUCUGGCCGAAGCACUGAGUCGUGCCCUCAGUGAUCUAGGCGACUGCUUCUCCGGCUGCCAGCCCUUUGAGGGUGCCCCAUGGUUCUCUUUAUCCCUUGGAGCCCCACUGAUGUUGUUCCUCGUCACCUGGGUGGUGUCCCGGGGCGCCGAGACCAAUGCCGUGGUCACCUCGGUGGUCACUGUGGUCAAGAUUUGCGUAGUGAUCUUGGUGAUUGUCAUCGGUUGGCAAAAGAUGCAGAUGAGUUACCUCCAUCCCUUCUUUCCGUAUGGCCUUGGCGCCACAAUCCAAUCCGCAGCUACCUUGAGUUAUGCCUUCAUCGGAUAUGACGUGAUAGCAAACGCCGCUGAAGAGUGCCAGGAGCCCUCCAGGGAUUUGCCUCGGGCGAUGAUCAGCGCGCUGUUGACCUGUGCCUUUCUCUAUGUCUGUGUAUGCUUGGUGCUUUGCGGGAUGCAGGUCUACUCCUCCAUCGACACAUCGGCACCUGUCGCGAGCACCUUCACAGCAGCAGGCCCCGAACGCGGCCUCAAUUGGGUGGUGACUGUGGUGGAUGUCGGUAGCUUUGCAGGGAUGGUCACAGGUCUUCUGGCUGGGAUCUAUGGGCAGAGCCGCAUCUACUUUGCGAUGUCUCGUGAUGGCAUGGCACCCUCCUGGCUGCAGGAAGCCCGCAGCUGUGCUGGGUGGUGUGGUUCUUUGGCCGCAGUGCUGGCAGCCUUCUUCGACGUGAAGAGCUUGGCGUCCUUCCUGAACAUCGGCGUCCUCUUGCGGCUGGACCGCAUGCAGCUUCUGCUGUCCCGCGAGGGUGUUGAUAUAGCACCGGAGUUCAUUUUGUUUGUCAAAAUGUGA